GUACUAAAAAAAAAAAAAAAAGUAAUCUGUUUAAAAUUAUGGUCUGUCAUUAUAAUUGAAUUUAUUAUUUUUUUCUUUCAAUUAAAUUUAUAGGUAAAUUAAUAUAAUACCUAUUAUAUCUAUUAUAAAUAAAAAUCUCUCAAUGUCUAAAUUACUUGCAUGUCGCGGUUGUCUGGCUACAGACGUAAAACUAUAUGAUUUGUUUGAAAAUAAGCUAUGGGAAGAUUUUGGGAGAUUCGUCGGUGUUCCGGUGUUAUCAGGCGACGGGUACCCUCAUCACCUUUGCAGCACGUGCACAGCACUCCUGCAGAAGUUCGUAGCGUACAGGUGCCUCUGCAGGAAAGCACAGGACUUGUUAGAGGAGGCCGAGCUACGUGGAAUCCCAAUAACGACGUCCUACAUUCGCAAGAUUGAUCGCAAAAAGCACAUGUUAAACAAUAAUGUUAAAAAAGAAUUAUUUGAUAACAUUACAAUAAAUAUAAAAGAAAACGUCGAAGAUGCGGUGGAAUCAAAGAAUAGCUACGACAGAGUUCCAGAUUUGAAGCUAGAUGAUAAUGAACAAUAUUGUGUAGUUGCAAAAAAAGAAAACGCAAUCGACAAUAAUUCAAAUAAUGACGAUACAGAGUUUAUAACGGUUGAUAAUAGACAAAUACCAGAGACAAAAUUUAUAAACGUAAAUGACGCAGAUCAUAAAUAUGCCCCUGAAGAUAUCACACUGUCCAACGUUAAAAUUGAAAAUAGAGAAAAAAGAAAAACAACAAUAGAUCUAACGAGCGAUGACGAUUUAAAAAAAAAUAAUAAAAUAAAGAAAACUAAAAAGAAAACGGUUAAGAGGACAAUAGUAAAGAAGCCGAAAGACGUAAAGUUGAACGGGAUGAAGAGUAAAAAGAGAAGUACCGUUGAUAUAACAAAGGAGUUUGCUGAACAGUACAACUUUACACUGACAUUGUUGACCCGCGAGGAGCAAAUAGAAGAAAUAAGAGUCUUAAAGGAGACUCCCACGUCUAAGAUACAGUGUGACGAUUGCGGUAUGGGGUUCAACUAUAAAAAUAAAUUCUUCAACCACUACCGUAGUAAACACGACCCGUCGCUCGGGGAUUAUGUAUGCACGAUUUGCAACACGCGUUUCCGCGAGAAGCCCUACCUGCACUGUCACUACAAGACUGUGCACAGCUUCAAGUUUGUCUGUAAAUUGUGUAAUUUCACAACACGAGCGCGGCCUACGGCAGCCGGGCAUGCCGCUUACCACGCAGGCAAGAAGUUCACGUGUGAGUGUGGCAAAUCUUUUGGGCACAGCACGAGUUAUUUAUCUCAUAAAAGGUUAACCCACACGUCCAGUUUGGUAGGCUGCGAGUAUUGUGGUGAGGCGUUUAUCAGUGAAUGGGGAUUGCGCGCGCACAAGAGAAGAAUCCACGGGGAUAUUUUAGAGACGUCUAUGUUUGAAUGCGCCAAGUGUAAAGCCAAGUUCAGGACCGGUGACGCUUUGGCCAAACACGAGAGUUUGUCUUGCGAAGGUUAUAACUGUGUGAAUUGCGGUGAAACGUUUGUAGCUGGAAAUCUGUUGACCUAUCACCUGGUACAGAGUCAUAAUCACAGGAACAGCAGUAUAGAGUACAGUGAAUGUGCCACGUGCAACGCCAAGUUCCACAAUCAAGCGGCGUUGUGGAGGCAUACGGCUGAUAAGUGUGGUGCGGUGGUCCCGUGCUUGCAGUGCGGGGUAGGGUUCCCCACAGACGAGAUGAUGAACGAUCACCUGAAGACGCAUUCGACUGACGUGUUCAAGUGUGAAGUGUGCAAGAAAUCCUUCGUUUCUGCGUUCAAUUUUGCCGAGCACUACGCCAAACACGCCGUAAGGAGGGAGCACGUGAAAGUGACUAAACGGGCCAAGAACCCAGCACUCCGCGGUCUGCAGAGCGGCGGCAAGCCCACCAAGAUCGCCAAGCGGAUCAUGUGUGAAGUAUGCGGAUUUUUAUGUUUGGAGAGUGCGUAUCCAACGCAUCUUAAAAUUCAUACGGACGAGAAAGACUUCACGUGCAGCGUGUGCAACAAGCGUUUCCGGGUGCUGAUAGCGUUGCAGUGUCACAUGAGGGUACAUACAAACGAGCGACCGUUUGAAUGCGACCACUGCAAGAAGAAAUUCAAAUUGCGAGGGGCGGUGGCCCGACAUAUUAUGGCUGUCCACCUCGGUGUGAAACCACACCAGUGUCAUCUGUGUCAGAAGUAUUUUCAGACGCCGUCUUGUGUCAAAAUGCACAUUAAAACAGUACACAUGAAAUUACCAAUGCCGCCGCGUACAAGGAAACGUCGGCCGAAGUGUACAGAGUAGGAAAAAGCGCGGGAAAUUAGUUUCUUUUUUUUUUAAGUACGUUUGUUCCGUUGUGGAACAGGCUAAGGUCGGAGACCAUGCUGCCUAGUCUUCAUAUUUUAUCUGGUAUAAUUAGUUCCUUUUUUUAAUACUUGACUAUUUUUUUUUUAUAAAACAUGCAAUGGUAUGAGUGCUGACGAGCUAUCUGAUUGACAGUGGAAAUCGAAUUUAAAUGACACAUUCGCUCAGAGAAGUCCUCGACUUUUGUUUUAAAAACAUGUAGGUACUGUAUAGUUUGUAUAGAGGUUGGUGGACUGUUCCAUGGUCGAACAGCUUGCACAAUAAAAGUGAUCUUGAUUUGUCAUUAAAAUUAUAUAUAUAUAUAUAUAUAUAUAUAUAUAUAUAUAUAUAUAUAUAUAUAUAUAUAGCUGUUAAUUGUUCACCGCUGAACAUACGCCUCUCCCUACUGGGGAGUAAAAAUCAAUAUGAAGUUAUUUUCUGAUAGAUUUAACAUAAAAUGAUUUAUUUAUUUAAAUUAAUUAUUAAAUUAAUUAUAAUGUUUAAUUAUGAUGGCACGUAAAACUGUAAUUACGCGAAAUUAUCAAAUAUAAGAAAUAAAUGUGAUAAUAAUCAAAUGUCCACCGCUGGGCAUACGCAUUCCCCAUAAAGGGAGUUUUGCCAGCAGCUACCAGGCUUGGCAACUGCAGUUAAGCUUUUAGAAAUGUUUUAAGAGGAACGCAGCUGCCUGCUCCUCAACCAUUAGCCCCGUGACCGAGCAUUUUUUUGACAACAUUAAAACAUCGCUUUGACAACAAAUAGCGUUAUGAGUAUAGAGCCAUCUAGUGAGAUUCUAACAAACAAUAACAAUGUAUCAAUAAAAAUAAAUCGCGGCAUAACAACGUCAAUAAAUAUAAAAAAUUCAAGAGAAGAUCUAAAUCACAUCUUUUAACCAAUUGUACAUGAUAAUUCUAUGCACUUAUACAUAUGUAUAUAUAUAUAUAUAUAUAUAUAUAUAUAUAUAUAUAUAUAUAUAUAUAUAUAUAUAUAUAUAUAUAUAUUUAUUUAUUUACAUAUUUAUUCACAAUUUGUGUUUGUUGUAUUUACAUUAUUUUCACCGGUACCUUUCCCGCGCUGGAUUACACAAAUUAAAUUAUCUUCUCUCUAACUACACUGGGUUUUUUUUGAUGGGUGAAAAUGGCUUGGUAACCCCGCCUGCGCUAACGGGAUACGCUGGCGGAGCACCAGUGAAGGGUGAUAGGUGAGAAUGAAAACAGGCCAGUUAGCCCAUCAUGAUGGAUUCAUCAGGAAUUAACCAUGAUAGUUUCCGGGGGGAACCGCGAGGAGGUCGACCUGGUUGGGUAUAUUGCUAGCAAUGGGAUUCUUAGUCUCCAUUACUAACAAUCCCUUUCCCCCCGUCCGUUUGUUGGUGUGUAUUUAUUGUCAGAUUGUAGUCGCUUUUUUGUGAAGCAAAUAUACUUGUUUGUAAAUACAAUUCAGGAUUCUAAGUAUAAAAAUAAUAAUAAUAAAAAAAAUUUAAUAUUAUAUUAUUCUUUGCUGCUUUUUUUUUUAUGGCACGGUACAAAGUGCAUCCGCCAAAAACAAAGUUUGGGAACUUUGCUAUGUUUGUCAUGAUUCGAGUUUUUUUUUUGCGAGGCAAUAUUUACCCAUUUAUAGACACACGUUUCAGUAUUCUAAAUUUAAAUGUUUUCAAUCUAAUCUGUCUACGUAGCUACUCGUCCGUACAUCGGUGUGUAUUUAUUUUCACAGUUGUAAUAGCUUCCUUGUGGUGCAAAACAUACUUGUUUAAAACACGAUUCCGUGUCCUAAAGUAUUAAUAUACUUAAAAAAAAAAGUUUAAUGUGUUUAUAAAAUUGUUUUUUGGUUUGCUGUAUUUUGUUGAUAUUUGCGUAAAUAUAGUUAAUAUAAAAGUAAAAUAUUAAAAAAAAAAAAAGAGAGAAAAGAAAGCUUUUAUAAAAGCAGUGUGUUUUUAUUUUGCCUUAUUGUCCAAGAAGUUUUCAUCUACUGUAGAUACUUCUUAAUAUAAGACGAUAUUUCUUUGGAAAUAUUAGAUCUUGUUUUUUUUUCUGUUUGUAAAUUGUCCCGAUGUUGUACACCGUUCUAUUCGCUGACAUAGAUGCUCCUUUCCACUUUGGGUGUUGCUGAAAGAGAUUUCUUUUCGAGUUAAGCUCGCCUUUGUACAUUAGAUUACCUCUGUCAUGUUUUUAUGUACUAUCAGAGUGUACAAUAAAGUAUUUGAAAAUAUAUAUUCUAUUAAAGAGUCUUUGACACUAUUAGUUAGAAUGAGUCCUCAUUAUCAAAAAUAUAUAUUUAUUUGGCAACAAGAUUACCAUAGCAAAUUUAAAACGAGAUUUUCUUUUUUUUUUUUUUGUUUUUUUAGUAAGUCUGUUCCGUUGUAAAACAGGCUAAGGUCGGAUACCAUGCUGCCUAGACUUCAAUAUGAUAAUUUGUCUGGAAUUUUAUUUUUCUAAUGUCGCUUCAAUUAUUCAGUCAUAAUCUUCAAUAUUUCAUUUGUCAGAUCCGUUAAGUACAUUUUCAUAAAUUUCUUUUCUUGAGUUUUCUUAAACCAGUGGAUUUAUCAAAUUAAAAAUAAGUAAUUGUAAAAAAUCAUUGUCUUGCGAUUCAAUAAAAGUAUUCUUAUAGCUCCUUGAAUGUUGUAGUAAUAUAAGUGAAAAUAGCUUUGAAACAAGAAGGAAAUCUUAAGAGAAGCGGGAUUGAGUGCGGGAUAUUUUCGGGUUUUUUGAAGAUAAUUUGAAGUUCGUCAAACAUAAUGUGUCUUUGGAUGACAAAUUCAGAACAAUAAAAAAAAAGGUGAUGUAGAGAUCGGGCUGUACUUGAGUUACACCGAUAUUUUCUAUUCCAACAGAGCACAGAGUAAGAAAAUCCAAGUGACAUUUCCUUGACAGCUACACAUUGACAUUUUAGAUAAUGACAACUUAAAUUUCAUAGAUAAAGACUAAAUGAAAAUAUAAAAUAAUGAGAUUGAUCUUUUUAGAGCUUCCAUCUACGUGCUAGACUAAAUUACAUUUCAGACUACAUUUAGAAUAAAAACUUAGACAGCUGUUUCUUAUUGUAGUUGUAACAUUCCUCUAUAAAUUGUGUAUAAAGCAUUCAUAGAUACAGCAUCUCCGUUGUUGGUCCUGUUUUUUGUUUGGUCUCGACUUUUCAAGAAAUCCUCACAGAAUGCGUUCAUGAAAUGUAGUUUCUUAUUUUUCUCAUCUUUAAUAAAUUGUGUUCAAUGUAUUCCUGGAUUUAGUUUGUAUUGCGAAUUAUAUUUUUGUUUUCUCUGUGAAGUUAUUGUGGUAUAAUCAGGUAGCUCUACUUGCUACGGAGUUUACGAUACUGAGGACGUUCUUCUUUCAAAAAAGAUCGCCAAAGUUUCUAGUUCCGUAUAAAGUAACUCACAAUUGUGUAUUACAACGAACGAACGAACAACUAUUGUACUUUUUCUUAAAAAAAAACUAUUGAUCGGUUCCUAUUUAUAUUUUAAUAAAAAAAAAUAUUGACGUAUUAUAUUUAUUCUUCGUAGUUUAUGGUUUUAUCUUUAAUUUACUCACUUUAUUAAAAUAUAAAAAAAAAGAAAUUAAAUUGACAAAACAAAUUACUUCUCAAAACUGAGGAGUAACAGUAACAGCUUUCCGAGACCAAGUGCGUAUUCGAACAAGCUGCAUAGAAUCAGGGUGUCCCGUCCAUGCAAGAAAAAAGAUUUCGAGCUACACUGUCGCGAUAUUUAUCAAAAUUAGGGUAAUUUCACCCCGUUUUCAGAAAGUUUCCAUGAUUUAAAUGAAAUUAAAGAUCCAGCGGUGAAGAAGUUAAUUCUACGUGAUGAGUAUCACUUCUCGGCAUGAUGUUUAAAGCAUUCACAGAUGACAUGUUUUUAUAUAUAGAGCAAGUAUUGUUGUCAAAUAAAAAGUCUGCAUUUGAUGGAUCCUUUCUCAAAGUGUUUUGAAUGUUUUUA